GAUAUUAAAGUACAAAUACAAAAGUGGUAUUUGCAGUCUAUUUCUAACAAUAAGAUCGUGUUUCGUACUCGCUACGGGAUUUACGAAUACAUGGUGAUGCCGUUUGGAUUAACGAACGCCCCGUCGACGUUCCAGCUCACCAUGAACGGGGUGUUCCACGAUCUACUCGACAAAUGUGUGAUAAUUUACGUGGACGACAUCCUAAUAUACAGCAAGUCCGGUGAGCAACAUUUAAAGGACUUGGAAGCGGUUUUUCAGUGGGUGCAGCAGCAUCAUCUCGUCACCAAGGGCUCCAAGUGCGAGUUCUUAUAACAAGAACUGGGGUUCUUGGG